CUCAUUUCAAUCAACUUGUAACGUGACCUACCACAUAGCGAUCUCAAUUCAAUCUCCACGGGAAGUACGAGGGAAGAAGAGUAACAAAACGAACAGGAAGAAAAGGCGAGAAGACCAUGGCCGAAAUCACAACUUGGCCCUGAAAGUGUGUGUUCCCGUCAGGGUUCCCUUCAAACUAUCCACUUCUUCGGCUGUGCCCAGCAGCCUCUCGUCGCCCAAGACAAGUUCGUGGACCCCGUCGACCACCAGCCGCCAGAACUCGUCCAUCAACCCGAUCUCACCGCCAUUUGGAACCGUUCCCGCGUCCCAGUUUAGCCAGAUACCGAAUCUUCCCAGGAAAGUGCGUGUGGAGAGCAAGACACCGCCCGUCCCCCGCCUCGAUCCACCGACCAGAUCCAGCAAUUCAAUCGCCGGAUACCGUUCAGUGCGGAACAGCGCGUCGACCGAUCCUUGCUGCGAGAGCCCCAUCAGGGCGAGUGAAGGCGCGCCGGCCCCCGUCGCUGGGGAUGCAGGUGGGGGAGGAGCUUUCGAUCCCUGCGCGAUCGCAUCGUCGAACCGAGCCCAGCCCUUGGCACGUUCGGCCCGCAUUUCGGAUGUAGCAAGGGCCCGACCUGGAAGCAGAGGGCUUCUGACAUAUGCACCCACUUGCCGAUGUGCUUCUUUAGCGCGGUGCCAGAACAAACACAUUGGGUCAGAAUGCAGGAAGCCCGGAAGACACACGCUCAGAUACUCAAGUGCUAAGCCC